GAAAUAACAUGCCCACAUAAUACUUGUAAUUUUUUACGAUAUAUGUUGGUCAGAUCUUGUUAUGGUCCAAUGAAACCAAGGUUCAAGUUUGACUCUAAUUCCAAAAAGUACAUUUGGUGCAAACACUGGACUGCUCAUCGCCAAAAGAAAGCCAAACGUAGUCAUGCAUGGUGGUUGGGUUGCUUUUCUUCAUGCUUUUUUAACAUGGUAAUGCGUGAACACGAGGAAUACAACUACAUGAGUAAUAUUUAGAAAAUGCUGAGGAGAAUACACUGAUGCUCCUUAUCUAAUGACAAGUGAGGUGAACUACUUACUGAGCCACAGUCUCUACCCACCCAGCGACCCAUUUGUCCAUCCUACCCAACAACCUUCUUACAAUGUAAUUAUCAUUUUUACACUGACAGAAGGACUACCCAACCAACUUGUCUAUUUGUCCACCUAUCCAACCAUCCAUCAAUCCUUCCUUUCUCCUAACCUACUUGCCAGUCUACAAUCUACCAAUUGGUCCACCCUUUCUUUCCUACAAGCAAUCGACUUCCCAACUUUCUUACUAAGAUACCCUCAUCUCUACCUACUUCUUUUUUUGUCUGUCCUACUUAGUAAUGUUACCAACGUCCCUACCAAGCUGACCAUUCUCCCUGCCUGCUUGUCCACUGACCGAUGGAUCAAUAGAUCAACCGACCAUACAUCCAUUCAUAUUCUGGGCAGGGUUGCAGGAGUGCUGGAGCCUAUCCCAGCGAUCUUAGGAGAUGUUGGCAUCCAUUGCCCAAACAACCUUGCUACUGGUGCUCAGUGCAUCCCUGGUGGAGAGCACGGUGUUUCUGCAGCGCUCCUCGGCAGGGCAGAUCCUGCGCUCAAUCGCCGCCACUCGGAGGCGACGAGCCAACUCCAAGGUUCUGGAGGAGCUGUUUCCCGGUGACCUGGAGCGGGAAUGUUACGAGGAACGGUGCUCCCAAGAGGAGGCCGGCGAGAUCUUCCAGUCGCAGGAGAAGACGCUGGAGUUCUGGUUCCGAUACACAAACUUGAAUCUGUGUGCAACCAAUCCUUGUGUGAAUGGUGGGAGGUGUGUGCUGGAGCGAGGAGACUUUGUGUGCCUGUGUCCACCCCGGUACCACGGCAGCACCUGCCACUUGGAGUUGCUGUCAUGCGGCUAUAGAAACGGCGGUUGCCUGCAGUACUGCACCGACCUGCCAGGGGGCGCUGGUGUUCAGUGUGGCUGUGCUGAGGGUUUCCGGCUGGAUUCUGAUGGACAAAGGUGCUCCAAGACAGUGGCGUUUCCCUGUGGCGUCCAGCAGCCGGCAAAAUUGCAACCAGGACGCUCCCUCUUGAGGCUCUUUGGGAACACCAACGACACUGAGGGAACUGACGCCAUCUUGGACGAGGCCAAUUUCACAACUGACGCCAUCUUGGACGAGCCCAAUUUCACCGCACAAAUGGACACCUUCUUGAAGUACCCCAUUGUCGCCACGGAAACAGAUGCUAUCUUGGAUGACACCAACGUCACGAUGAAAAUGGAUGCCAUCUUAGAUGAUGACCAGGCCAUUCGCGUCAAUUGGACUCAGAACGCGGACAAGCCACUCAAUCCUCGCAUUGUCGGGGGAACCCUUGAGAGACUGGGAGGAAGUCCCUGGCAGGUCCUCAUCCACCGCGCAGACGGUUACGGUUUCUGCGGGGGAACGCUGGUGUCGGACCGCUGGGUGGUCUCAGCUGCGCACUGCUUCCAGCAAACUGCCCACCACGUCACCAUAGGCGACUUUGACAAGCAGCGUCGCGAUCCUGGUGAGCAAACAAUUUUGGUCGAGGAGGUCGUGCUUCAUCCUCACUUCCACGACUUCACGAUGGACUCCGAUGUGGCUCUGCUCUACCUGGCCGAGCCCGUCGUCAGGGGGCCCACCGCCAUCCCCGCCUGCCUGCCGGACCCCCACCUGUCAAAAUACCUGAUCAAGGAGGACAACCGGGGCCUGGUGACGGGAUGGGGGGCCACCCACUACCUGCGCCGAUCUUCCCGAUUCCUCAGGAAGGUGGCGCUCCCGGUGGUCAAGCACCGCACCUGCAUGCAGUCAACAGAACAGGUGAUCACAGACAACAUGUUCUGCGCAGGCUACGUGGAUGCCGGCAUGGAUGCUUGCAGCGGGGACAGCGGCGGCCCCUUCGUGGUCCACUACCGGGGAACCUGGUACCUGACGGGUGUGGUCAGUUGGGGUGAGGGCUGCGCCGCCAGCGGCAAAUAUGGCGUGUUCACGCGUCUUGGGAACUUCCUGAGCUGGAUCAGGACCACGAUGGAGAGGGUGGACCGGAAUGCCACCCGCAGUUGAGACUUCUCUUCGUUUAACGGAUGGAUGGAGGAAGUGGGCCAGGUCAAGUGUGGAUGUGUGUGCAGUCAACUACCUACUGCAGUAUUUUAGUCAGUUGAGCAUGACUGUAAUUACAGUCACGAGGUUGCAAAUCAAUGUGAAUGUUAAUGUUUUUGCUCAGGUGUUCAUGCUAGCUUUGUUAGCUGCUCUGUUUACUGCUCAAGAACAAACUCGGUUACAAAUAAUAUUCAUCAAUUUUCUAUACCGCUUAUCUUCGUUAGGGGGUACUGAUGAGCUGGUUGACUUUGGGUGAGAGGCUGUGUACGCCCCUGACUGGUCACUUGGUCAAUGGCAGGACACAGACGGACAAUGAUUUGCACUGACUGAAGCUUAAAACGUGGGAGGAAGCCAGAGUACCCAGGGAAAACCUGCACAAGCACAAGGAUCACAUGCUAACUCCACACAAGGGAAGCGAGAUUUGAAACAGUUUUGAGGCGAAUGUCUGAACCACUUACCACUGUGCAAUUAAAAAAUACUAAUUAUGGUUUGAUAUUAGCAAGCUGUCUUUUCUGAUUAUGAUGAACAUGAUUGCAUUGCUUUGAGAGACAAUUAUGGCUGAAAAUAUUAA